AGCAGGUGGGCGGGGUGCGGGCGGCGGCGCGAGGCCGGGGUUGCCGGCUGCGCUCGGGCCGCGCCAUGGACUUCAACAUGAAGAAGCUGGCGUCGGACGCGGGCAUCUUUUUCACCCGGGCGGUGCAGUUCACGGAGGAGAAAUUCGGUCAGGCCGAGAAGACCGAGCUGGACGCCCACUUUGAAAACCUGCUGGCCCGGGCAGACAGCACCAAGAACUGGACGGAGAAGAUCCUGCGGCAGACAGAGGUGCUGCUGCAGCCCAACCCCAGCGCCCGGGUGGAGGAGUUCCUGUACGAGAAGCUGGACAGGAAGGUCCCCUCGCGGGUCACCAACGGGGAGCUGCUGGCUCAGUACAUGGCGGAGGCGGCCAGCGAGCUGGGGCCCAGCACGCCGUACGGGAAGACGCUGGUCAAGGUGUCGGAAGCCGAGAAGCGCCUGGGGGCCGCCGAGAGGGACUUCAUCCACGCGGCCUCGCUCAGCUUCCUCACGCCCCUGCGCAACUUCCUGGAAGGCGACUGGAAGACGAUUUCGAAGGAGAGGCGGCUCCUGCACAACCGCCGGCUGGACCUGGACGCCUGCAAGGCUCGGCUGAAGAAAGCCAAGGCCGCCGAGGCCAAAGCCACGACGGUGCCGGACUUUCAGGAGACUAGACCUCGUAAUUACAUUCUCUCGGCCAGCGCCUCCUCGCUUUGGAACGAUGAGGUGGACAAGGCUGAGCAGGAGCUCCGAGUGGCCCAGACGGAGUUUGACCGGCAGGCGGAAGUGACCCGGCUGCUGUUGGAGGGGAUCAGCAGCACUCACGUGAACCACCUUCGCUGCCUCCACGAGUUCGUCAAGUCGCAGACAACCUACUACGCGCAGUGCUACCGUCACAUGCUAGACCUGCAGAAGCAGCUGGGCAGAUUCCCAGGCACUUUUGUGGGCACCACGGAGCCUGCCUCCCCACCCCUGAGCAGCACCUCGCCCACCACUGCUGCGGCCACCAUGCCCGUGGUGCCCUCAGUGGCCGGCCUGGCCCCUCCGGGGGAGGCAGCACUCUGCCUGGAGGAGGUGGCGCCCCCCGCCAGCGGGACCCGCAAGGCCCGGGUGCUGUACGACUAUGAAGCGGCGGACAGCAGUGAGCUGGCCCUGCUGGCUGACGAGCUCAUCACCGUCUACAGCCUGCCUGGCAUGGACCCCGACUGGCUCAUUGGCGAGAGAGGCAACAAGAAGGGCAAGGUCCCCGUCACCUACUUGGAGCUGCUCAGCUAAGCCCCCUGGCCUGGGCAGGAGAGCACGGACGGACACUGCUCUCACCUGUCUCGUGGGUCGGCCACGCAGCUGCUCGGGUGGGACUAACCCAUCCUGCCACGCCCCUGGUCAUCCUGCUGUGAGGGAGCCCAAGAGGCUGAAUGGUCCCUGCCUCUGCCAGCCCCGCUUCUGACCUAGGUUCUGGAGCCCGGCCCCUGCCUGCACCCCGCCCCCCAACAGUCCGGCCCUCCCAGCUCCUGCUAGGGGGGAGGGGCCCCAGCACUUCAGCCAGACUGGGGCAGCCGCGGGCGCCUAGGAGCCGGCGGGUUGAGGGGCACAAGAGAGCACUGCCCUUAUCUGCCAGAAGCAGAGGAGGGGGACAGCCGUGAGGCCAGCGGUGCCCUGGCAGCCCCUGGGGCCUGGGUACUGCGCCUUCUGGAGGGGACGCCCUGGAAGAGACGGGGUAGGGCCCCGGCGCAGUGCCUGCCCGGUGCUACCCCUCCCCCCACCUCCCAGCUCACGCCAAGCUGGCGGCUGCCGCCUUCGCUCUCCACUCCCCACUCUUUUUAACAGACAUUUCUACUUCUGCCUGUCUGCUCUCCAGCCAGUGGCAAACAAUAAACCCUCCUUCGUGUGCGAGU